AUGAAUGAGAAACUCUAUGCUUUGCAAAGGACUUAUACUUGGGAUUUGAUACUUUUCUCUUUUGGUAAACAUGCUAUUGGUUCUCGUUGGGUGUAUAAACUCAAGAUCAAGUCUAAUGGGUCCAUUGAACGGUACAAGGCUCGAUUAGUGGCUAAAGGAUUUUCACAACAGUAUGGUUAUCUUCUUUCUCAAUCUAAUUACACUACUGACAUUAUUAAGCGUGCUCAUCUUACUGAUACUAGAGUUGUGGACAAUCCCUCUAAGUUGAAUGUUCAAUAUUCUCCUUCUGAUGGCUCUCCUUUGGAAGAUCCUACUUUGUAUCGCACCAUCGUUGGCAAUUUGGUUUAUCUCACUAUUACUCAUCCAGACAUUGCAUAUGCUGUUCAUAUUGUUAGUCAGUUUGUUGCUUCUCCUACUACUGUUCACUGGGCUGAUGUUCUUCGCAUUCUAAAGUAUCUUCGGGGUGCCAUCUUUCAGAGCCUACUACUACCUUCCACCUCUCCUCUUAAGUUGCGAGCUUAUUGUGAUGUUGAUCAUGGUCGUGAUCCCACAGUCUGA